AUGAAAUUUUCUUCUUUCUUUUUUUCUUUCGCAGGUGUUCUACUGUGCAUGAGCCAAGAAGAUAUAUACCGUUUGCUCUUCUCCAGCAAACUCCCCGGUUUCAUUAGCAAGCACAGGGCCUUAUUUGCCUUUAAUCCGAACCCAUAUCUCACCGUCCAGGAGUACAUACGUGAAAUCACUGACACUCGGACUUCCAAUGGCCAGCCUCAAGGUGAGGCAGUCGUUCGUCGCAUUAUGGAAUAUUUAUUCGUUUUACAAGCGGCCUUUGUCCCGGAGCCCCCACCGAGCGACACCAACUUCGUUGUAGAAAUGAUACGGUACAACAGCAGCUUCAAUUAUCAACAAAACAACACCAAAAUGUUGCCUAAACAUCACGGCGCUAAGCGACCUUCAAACAGCAGCAGUCAUCGCGAUACGACCAGUGAUAUAUACGAGACCAAACUACGUUAUCUGGACGUCAUUCAGGAUUCGAUCCAGCUAGCCGCUUAUGCCAUUAAUAAAACCUGGUCAUGUCCGACAAUGACUGAAUUGAAAGUAGCGCUACGCAACACCACCUUCUGGACAGUUGAUGGAUGGAUUAUUAUUGACCGUCGGAGUAUGGUUCGCCAUGAGUUUGUGUUGUAUGAUUUUAAACCGGAAGCUAAUCGAUUCGAAGCCGGGCUUGUUUUUUUUUCCUCACGGCCCGGAUUACGAACUGAAACUUAUUGUUCUUGGAGAACCACACUGGCCAAAUGGAUGGAAAAUUUACCCUGA